AUGUCGAGUCGUCGAGUCGUCGAGUUGUCGAGUCGUCGUCGAGUCGCCCAAGGGUCCGAGGGCCGCCGAAUCGUCACUGGAAUGCCGUGCCGUGCCCACGCCAUGCCCUGCUAUGAAAGGGCUCCCGCCGGCCGAGAACCAAUGACUCUCGACGACAACGACGCCCUUGCUCCUGACCCUGCUGCCUCUGUCACGCCUGCCACGCCUGCCACGCCGCUCACGCCUGUCACGCCUGUCACUCCUGUCACUAGCUUGACCGAUAUGAACUGUUGA